GAAGUGGAUCGAAAGAGGGAAAAAGAGCCGCGGAGUUUCACCAUGCAUGCGCGGGAGCAGCCGAGGAUCAGCGUGGUUUAAAAAGAUCAACAAGAGGACUCGGGAGUGUUCCACUUAGCCACCCAGCCAGCAGACAGGAACAAUAACACAGACAUGGCCAGCACCCAAACCAGCUUGAAAAGCUCCUUCAAAGACUUGACCCCCUUCAAGGGUGGCAUGAAGCGUCUGUACCGGGAACGGCUGGAGGACGCGCCCAUCAAGAAGCGAGUGAUGGCCGAGAUCAACCUGAAACGCCGCAACCUGGAUUCCUUCCACAAGACCGCCAAGGUGAAGCGGGAGCACGUCGAGGAGCCGCACCACGACGCCGACCUGCAAGCGGCGUCCUCGGCUAAAGCCUUGGACCUGAGCCCGGGGCUCAAGCACACGCUGGCCCAGUUCACCCUGAGCAGCCAGAGCUCCCUGGGGGGCCCGGCUGCCUUUUCAGCACGCACCGGCCACGAGCAUUCCCACGCUGGCAUGCCCCCGCUGCCCUCCCCACCCGUCCUGGGAGGCGGCCCCUUGCUGGUUCCCUGCGACAGCUCCACCGAGCUCACCCACUCGCUCCUCGAGGGCGAGUCCAUCUCCUGCUUCGUGGUGGGGGGCGAGAAGCGCCUGUGUUUGCCCCAGGUGCUCAACUCGGUUCUGCGCGACUUCUCGCUGCAGCAGAUCAACACCGUGUGCGACGAGCUCUACGUGUACUGCUCCCGCUGCGACGCCGAGCAGCUGCACAUCCUCAAGGUGCUCGGCAUCCUGCCCUUCAACGCGCCGUCCUGCGGCCUCAUCACGCUGACCGACGCGCAGCGGCUGUGCAACGCUCUGCUUCGCCCCGGGGCCGCCCUGCCCGCCGACUUCAGCGGCAAGCUGUCCACGCAGGGCCUGCUGAAAGAGACGGAUGCCGGCUUCCAGGUGGAGCACCAGUGCCUGGGGAAGUGCCAGGGCCUCUUCGUGCCCCAGUUCUACACCCAGCCCGAGGCGCCCUGCGUCCAGUGCGUGGAGUGCCACUUGCUCUUUUCGCCGCAGAAGUUCGUCAUGCACUCGCACAAGUCGCCCGAUAAGAGGACCUGCCACUGGGGCUUUGACUCGGCCAAGUGGCCCUGCUACCUGCAGCUGGCCAGGAAGUACCAGGGCUCGCCCGAGGAGGCCAAGCUCAAGCAGCUGCUGGACGAGGUCAAAGAGAAGUUCCACUACCAGCUCAAGAGGUCGCUCGACAAAAAGGCGUCCGACGACGACGAGGAGGAGAUUCAGUCGCGCAAACCCUCCACAGACCUCUGCUCCCCUGGCAGCAAGCUGGCCGACGUGGAGCCCACGAGAAAGGAUAAAGCGUCUCCACCGGCUGCAGCGUACAACCGCCUUUUCUUGGACAUCAAGGAGGAGCCGGGGCCCCCCACCCUGGUUCACCCCAGCUACUACCUGUACACGUACGAUAAGAUGGUGGCUCCCAACGUGUCUCUGCGACGGGAGGCAGAGAUGAGCCCGGAGAUGCUGGGAGCGCUGCUCAAACACCACUACGGCCGCCGGGCGCUGCACCACGACGAGCCCCCCAUGGACCUUCACGCGUCGCCUCCCCUGGCCGCCGCCGCCGAGGAGGCCAAAUCCCAACGUGCCGCCUCCGAGCGGGAAUGCCAAACCCAGGCAGUUUCCAUGGAGACGAGCAGCCUGAGCGGCAAGAUAGCCGCCCACACCCCUCCCCCUCCUGCUCCCCCGCCUCCCGCAUCACCGCCUGUGACGGGGGAGGAUGCGGGCUGCGGCGGAAGCGUGGCGGCGGCGGUGGUGGAGGACGACAAGGACAGGAUCGUGGUGGAGAUCAUGCAAAUGUACAGCAGGCAGCAGGAGAAGCUCAACUCCACCCUGCACAAACAGCUGCAGCUGGAGAUGGAGCUGGAGGCGCUGCGCGGCGGCGAGGCGGCAAGACUCCGCGAGCUGAGCGCCGAGCAGCGAGAGCUCCGCACCGAGCUGGAGGCCGUGCACAGCGAGCAGGUGCUCCAGCUCGGCCGCGCCCGCCAGGAGCAGCUGGAGCUGGAGGCGCGUCUGGAGCAACUCCGGCAGCAGGCCUGCGCCUGCGAGCCGGCCGCUCAGCGCCAGCAGGAGGCGCACUACACCGCACAGUUGUCGGAGCUGCGUCAGAGGCUGGAGCGGGCCGAGGCCGACCGGCAGGAGCUGCAGGAGGACCUGCGGCGGGAGCGGGAGGCGCGAGAGGAGCUGGAGCGCACCAUCGGCCAGCUCCGGCAGCAGAUGGCUCAGCCCGGCGGCGUGGGAGGCAGCCCCUCCCCUCCUCUCACCCCGUCUACCGGACCCCCGAACGCCCAUUCGCCGUCCUCCUCCUCAUCCUCCUCCUCCCCUUCCUCCUUCACGGAGGCCCCAGCAGCUGGCCCCAAGUAACUGCCGCCCUCCCUUUCUUCUUCUUCUUGUGCACCUCAACUCUUUAUUAUUAUUAUUAUUAUUAUUAUGAUUAUUAUUCCUUCAUUUGCCCCCUAUCCUCUCAACAAACAGUAUUUAAAGACUCUUUUUUUUUUUUUUAAUAUUUUGGCAUGACUUUUAAUGUAUAGGUUCUAUAGGUUCUAAUGGACACAACCAGUGCUGCUUUUCUUCUUCUGACAUCAUCUGGAAGGGACAAACACCUUUUCCUCUUUAUAAGAAAUCUCUGUAUAUAAAAGACUGCCUCAUGAGAACAUGCCAAUGGUGACGCGAGCACCCCCUCCUCAACGUAGCGUAACCCCCCCCACUCUUCCCCGCCAUCUAAAGACCUCCCUCAUCCUCCUCAACACUGUGGCAUCCUCCCAGACAAGAAACACUGUGCUCCUUUCUCUUAGCCCCUCCGCCCCCUCCGCCCCACCUCUCUAUGAGGCAUCCAGGAAGGGGACAGGUGGGGCAGCAGUGCCAGGGCGGAUGGCCUGGACGCCAGCGGUUGAACGGAGAGGCGAGGAUUUUUUUUUUAUACCUUGCCAGGCGGAAAGUGCUUUUUAUUGCCUCAAAAGACAUCCCUAGAAUCAUGUGUGUGUGUGCGCGUGUGUGUGUGUAAAUAAUGGUUUAAAUGAGGAAAAAAGGGGGGGGUCGUCCUUGGAUUUUCAAAUGUUUAAGCAUCUGUUGAGGGGGAGAGAGAAAAAAAAGUGCAAAUUGCUAAGACAUUCCACUGUGCUCCAUCUCGCUCCUUCCAAAAACGUCAACCGAGGCGCCAAAACUUGUUUCAUGGACAAAAAAAAAAAAAAAAAAACUUGAAGAAUAACAAUAACCAUAACAAUGAUGAAAGAAGAUAUUUAUCAUGUUCAGUGAAGAUUUCUAUGGAGUUAUUUUGUAAAUACAGUAGGCAUUAUUAAUAUAUGGACUGCUCUUCUGUGACUAAUCUUCUGAAGGUUACAUCAUUUGGACCAGAAAUGGGAAAAUUUACUUUUCUUUGCAAAUGUGCCGAGUGGACGUCGAGAGGACAAAUUUUUAAGCUCCCUCCCGUUCUCUUUUAUGAGGGGAGGGUGGAACAAAAAAAUAUAUAUAUAUUUUUUGCAUGUUUUGCUGCCCCUCAUGUUUGUGUCACAUGGUCACAAAAAUGGUGAAAAGAAUAAUGAGCGGCUGCGGCUGACAUGCAUGAUGAACCUCUGCAAUUUUUCUAUCCUUGUUGGAUCUGAUGAUGAUGAUGAUGACGAUGAAAGUGUGUGUGUGUGUGUGUGUUUGUCUACUCCUGACACCACUGAAUUUUAUUCACGAGUAUUUUUUUUGUCUUAAUUGAACAGAACAAUAUCACUUUUCUUUGUCCCCUUUACACCCGCCACUGACACUGCAAUGACCAUUUCAACACACCAGGGGCCGCUGUUUACGCCGUGAGCGGUGCACCUCGUCACAAUACACUAAAGAAAAGUGUGCAGGGCGUCUUUAUUUUUGUUUGCAUUUUUGCAGUGUUAUAACAACUUGGAUAUGCUUUGUACAGAAUUUUUACAGGCGUGCAAACCCCCCCCCCCCCCCCCACCCCCCCGGAAUUAAACGGACAUAUCCACUGCUUUAUCCUGGUUGCAGGUGGCAUGCCUUGUCCUCUCUUCCUUUAUACACUUCUUGUAAGGACAUUUUCCUAUACAUAAAUAUAUAUAUAAAUAUAUAUAUUAUAAAUAUAUUCAUGGCUUUGCUGAAAAACCACCCCCCCCCCUUUACUCCCAGCCAAAUGCUGAAACAUGAAUAUGCAGUGUCUGUGUAUAGGACCAUUGCCAGUAACCAUGUGAUGAGACUUUUGUUCUUUGCAUGAAUCGAGACACUGAUCUCCUACCUCAUGUUGUGAUAUAUAUAUAUAUAUAUAUAUAUCAAUAAAUAUAUAUAUAUAUAUUGAAGAGAUGUUUUUUAAAUGCAGAGGACACUGCUAACUCUAAAAGUGUCAAUCAUCAUGAAUAUUUAAGAGUACAUGACAUACCUGUAAAUGCUUUUUGGCUAAUACCUCAGUUGUAUGUCGUGUUUUCUUUCUUUUUUUUCUUUUCUUUUCCUUCUUUCCCCAUAUUUCAUUUCAGACCUUGUAAAUAGAGACCCUGUAUAGAUGAUGAACUUGGAUGAAAUUCAAGUAAAGUUCUGUAGUGUUAAGCCA